UCAUUCUACAUAGAUAUGAAUAUUCUAACUCAUACUGUACGUCCCGCCCGCGUGUUGCACUAUUUCGUCGUCGACGGACUCCUAUCAUGAGGCGGAACCAUUAAUGUCAUGUGAUUUGCAGUCAGGACAAGGAAUAGCUGACGGAGCAGAUGUUUUGAUUAUGUUUUUACAGUUUAGUACAUCGUUCUCAAAAUGUAUUCUGCCGCGACGGAGAGUUUAAUAAAGCAGGCAAGAGAAAUAAAGGAAGAAGAGCUGCAGAAGUUUUGUGGGCGCAUCUUUAAGCAGCUGCACACUAAAGAACUGGGUGGAGAGAUAGUGGACUCCCUCCAGAGACUACAUCUGAUAGUUUCUGCCACUAAAUAUGCCAGAGAGAUUCCAUCAGAUCUGGUGAUGAAGCUGCUGAUGGUUCUUUGCUCUUCGUCAUGCCCAGAGCAGCUUCAGAUUCUGUCCUCCUCCAUACUGCAGGAGAGCCUCCCCCUUAGCAUACACAGCCUCAGCUCGGAUCUCAGCCAAGACAGCAGAGCCAUCAGCCAUCUGGCAAGCGUUGUGCUCUCUCAGGCUGGAAAUAAAGAAGAUGUGAUGCCCCUGUGCCACCAUUUGUUGAAAAUUCUUGAGUCUCGGCUGUCCGAGGGGCAGAUGUCCAAACAUGCGCUUCCCAUCCUCUCCAAAAUGAUUAGUGUCUAUCCAGAGAUUCUCACAGAGGAUCAGGUGAAUCUGGUCAGCCGUAAACUAGUGGAUUGGUUGCGAUACGCAAGUAUGCAGCAGGGAGCCUCCAUGUCUUCUGGGGGAUUUUUCAGUGGACAGAGAACACGUCAGCCAGCACCUCUGACAGAAGUCGAUGGGGUGGUAACAGGGGAUUUCUUCACUGUACUGUGUGUGGGUCAGAGCUACACUGAGGAUCAGUGGAUGAAUAUGUACACUUUCUCCAUGAUCAAGAGCUGGCUGCUCACUUAUGACAGGGACGGGACCACAAAUGCAGAAUCAGCUCCACUAAAAAGAACACAGGUCAUUCUAUCUCAGCACCAAGAUCCAUCUGUUGGCGACAACGUGAGAGAAAAGACACAACCCAUGAUGCACAAAGGAAAGCAAAGAGAAAAAGAUGAUCGCUCAGAGUUGGACAGUUCAGUGAUGUCCAUGGUGUCGGCCACAUCCUCCUCCAGCAGACUGCUUCCUCCCAAAGAGAGACUUAGAGAGAAGGCUUUCGAGUACUGCCAGCGGCUCAUCGAGCAGAGCGACCGCAAGGCCCUGAAGAGGACGGAUACAGAGCUACAGAAAGCAUGCAUUGUUGAGUCAGUGUCAAUAAUGGACAUCAUCUGUGGUGAAGACCCCUCCUAUGUGUACCGUGCAUUCCCAUGUAUCAAAGCCCUGUACGGAAGACUGAAUGGAGACCUAGCCCAUGCUCAAGCACUGCUGCCUAUCGCUCAGUUCUACCUCAACCACAGUGAGACGGCCGCGGUGGACUCGGAGGCCGUGUUCCGCAAGCUCUUCAGCCACUGUCCUGCUGAGCAGUUCAACGAGCCCAUGCUCGCCUUUGAGUUCAUUCAGUUCUGUCUUCUCAAUGCAAGCGUGCUGCAGGACAGAGUCGCCAACUACAGGCAGAGCUUCCCCAACCUCCUAAAGUUCUUAGCUUGGAACUGCCCAGGAUUGAUCACUGAGUUUGUUGAGCUGCUCCCAUCACUGGUAGCUCCUGGUACAGCUAUUGAGUUACUGCACACACUCCUGGAUCUGCCCUGCUUAGCAGCAGCCUUGGACCUCCAGCACAGGUCAGCAUGCUAUCAGGCUUUGGACCGCACCACGUGGGACCAGCAGGGGGUGAAGCUGGCUGCUUGCCUUGAUGCUUUCCGCCAGCCGUCCUAUAGGGGGCUCUUUCUCUACAUCCUCAGACCCGAGGCUGGGACGGGUGACACAAUAGACAGGUUAAAAAUGCUUCAUGAGAUUCUGGCUGACAUGGCAGAGAGUCCUCGUGUUGUUCGGUGUGCUCAGGUCGUCCCUGUGCUUCUGCACGUCUACUUUAACACAGUUGCUAAGAUAGCUGAUGAGAAACUGAUGAACCAGCUGCUGCUGGUGCUGCUGGAGAGAAGCAGUCUGCUCUACAACAUCAAGACAUUUAAUGCUGAGGUCCAAAAAGUGUUUAGCACUCACCUGCAGGCACUGUGCAAACUCCAUCCUUCACUGAUUGUGGAUCAGUCAAGAGAGCUACUGGACUUUGCAGGCUCCCCUGCCAACAUUUACAGUAAAGAGGACAUCUACACACAUGUGGUGUGGGUGAUCGGGGAGUACCUGUCGGUAUCGUAUGACUCUCGCUGCACUGUGGAGCUGAUCACUUCUUUCUUCGAGAGUUUGGAGCCUGUGCUGUUUGAGAUCACACAGGUGCGACAGUCUACCAGCCCACCGAGUUUCUCUCCUCGCCUUAUCACUGUGCUCAUGACUACCCUGGCUAAACUGGCCACACGCAGUCAGGACCUCAUCCCCAGAGCAUCACUCUUCCUGUCUAAGAUGCGGUCGUUUGCCCGCAGUAGUCCUGUAAUGGCAUGCUAUAGCGAGGAGGACUCUGAGGAGAUCAUCACUCGAGCUCAUGAACUUAUUAACUUGCUCAAGUUACCAAAUGUGGCUCAGUUUGUCCUGGCCUCUUCAGCAGGAGGUGACAGUCCCCGCUGGCACAGAGACACCAACGCCUCACUUCCUCAGGGCAUGAGGGCAGUCAGCAGACUCCUCCACAGACAGUCUAGCUUCCUGGCCACAUAAAGCCUGCCUAGGAAGCUGUUUUCUAAAUAACUAUGUGUAAUAAUGAGAGAGAGACUCUUUCUAUAAGAUUAAAAGUGGGAGUGAAAGAACAAGAGAUGCAAAGCACAGCACUUCAUCAUGAGUUUCAGUUCUGCCGAGCACAGGCUUGCCCUGUGAACUACUGUUCACUGACAAACAUGGGAUCAAGACACGACAGAUUUAUGAUUUAUUCCUUGAUUUAUUCAAAUGAUUGUCAUAGACGAAUGGAAAUUAUGGAAAUUAAAUCAACACUGUAUGUGUGCCAUUUGUGAUUAGAAAAAAAAAAACAAUCAAAACUGUUAAAAUAGAACAUAGAUCAAUUGUUUGUUUAUUUUCAGUUAAAAGUCAGUUAUCUUGAAAGUCUUCAUCAGUCACAAAUAAAAAAUAAACAAAUAGGUAUAAAAUGAAGACAGAUUACAAAAAGUUCACCCAAAACUGAAAAUUCUAUCAUGUGCUUUUUCAAACUUCCAGGGAUAUGCAAGAUCCAAGGGUUGUAGGCUUCAGUGACGUCAAACCUGGGGCAAUGCUUCUCUGUGCACCAAGUUUUAAUAUGUGCAUGUGCGAGUGAUAGUUGAAGAUUUUCAGUUAAUAAUGAACUGAAUUUCUGUCUGUUCCUCACAUAAAGCUAUCGUAUAGCCUCAGAAGUCUUGGCUUUUUUCUGGGGGUCUUACUGGGGAAACGAAUGUGGGUGGGACUUCUGCAGGAAGUCGUUCUAUAGCAUUCCCUAGCUCUGGCUACAGUCAUUUUAAACCCUGUUUACAGCUGGUAAUAAGACACGUUUCGGAUGAUCCGAUUGGCAAAUGGUCAGCGCUAAAUAUAGUUGUAAACGGGUGCAAAAUGUUUUGUGAUUGGAUCACAAAAAACAUACAGAGGUAGUCAAAAACCACAUCGCAUUUGAGGUUUAAAACAUCGUUCUGCAGCGAAGCACCACCUCUCACCUGUUAAUCACCCGCCGAACAAAAGUUUAAACUUAAUGUGGAUUUAAAAUAAAAUUACCAUCCUAUUGAAAAACUUGAAAAAGCGAUUACAUGCCCAAGGAUGAGAACUUCAUGGUUCUUCCCCAGUGUGUCGGUCUGAUUCGAACAUGCAAGGUGACAAGAUGACUAACACACAUCUGAAGCUGAACUAAGACAGGAACGCCACAAAAACAACCAAUAAUUUUGUUGUGUUUGUGCUUAGAUUAAAUCUCAACUGCAUCUGGGAGAAACAGCGCACUGGUUUUGUCCGCACUUUCUUUGUUUUUAUUUUUUGCAGUUUAUUAUCGUUCAGUAACAAACUGAUGUAGUGAUUGAUGUAUGUCAUCAUGAAAUCAUACACGCUCUCCUCAAAAUCCCAGCACCGCAACAAAAGAAUGAAUGGACGUAUUCCGCAACAACAGCUGUUUACUUGACAAAGGAAGUAGCACCCACAUUUCUCGAUAAGCAACACAGGACGUAGGAAAAAGGUGCAUAGUACACAAGUCGUAUGUACUACUUUUAUGGUGCUUUUUUUGUCCUUUUGGAGCUUUGCAGCCCCUGGUCACUGCUGCUUUUAUUGCGUAAAAGGCAUCAUAAAUAUGAAACCUCCUUUUGUGCUGCACGGAAGAAAGUGACAGUUUUGUGUGAACUAUCCCUUUAACAAAUGUUUCGGGUGCUUUUUGUGAAAUUAAUAUGGCAUUAUGACAAAAUGAGUCAAUCAAAAUUUUACAUUCAUAGUCAGUGCUAAAAUACAUUUUGUUUUUGUUGUAUACAAUCUUAAAAUAUAUAUCAAAUAUAAUCUAAAACACAACUGCAGUUGCUGGAUACAAGGCAUUCAUUGAACAGAGCAUAGCUUGGCAACAAAUGUGAACACAUCAAGAACUGCCACAGAAUAAGCAACACUUGUCGUUUCAAGUAACACUGAAAAUGACAAGUUAUAGUUGCAAGAUUUGUUUUACUCUGCACAAGAAUUUAAUCAGAAUUCACUGUUUGUAAAGUAAAAAAUGUCAAUCUUACUGGGUUUUACAAAAAGGUUGUACAUCCAAGAUAGUUUCAAAAGUCAGCAAGGGCUCUUGUGAAAUGUAAAGCAUGACUGGUUCCCAAUUAAAAAAUAAAGUAGCUCUGUGGGAGUUGAAUUGAACUUUGUGGAAUAUUUAAUCACAUGUGGAAAAUACAGUGCAUCCGGAAAGUAUUCACAGCGCUUCACUUUUUCCACAUUU